CCCAUUAUUCAUGUUGUUCAACAAAGUCAUUGUCUACCUAGUAUUCCUCUUAAAAAAUUAAUGUUAACAUUGUCAACUCUUGUUCAGCAAUCCAAGAUCUUCAUGACUCCCACCACGUUCAUACAGAACUGGCCCCCCAACUAAGAAAAUCACACAUAAACAAACAAAUAAAUCAUUAAAUGUCCCUUUGAGAAGUUGGAUCGUGACCAAAAGACAAAUAAAUAAAUAUCAAAGUCAAGUGUCACAUUGAAUAUUGAAGCUGGCAUUGUUCAAUUUUAUGUUCCCAAAUGAACACACUAUAUAUUAUUAGCUCAUACUAUAUAGUAUAGUAACAGUUCCAUUGUUCAUAACUUCAUAUUGAUUCCUUACAAUUUGAAAGAAAAAAAAUGGGACUAGGAAGAAGCAGGCCACGACUGAGGUUGCGAGGUUUGUGCUUUGGUAACGCGACCCCUCACGUAAGAGCUUCUUCUUCUUCUAGAGCAGAGUUUUCGAGCAACGAUGUGCAUGAAUCUUCUAGAGACAAGGCUGAUGAAAGUGGUGUUGAAACUGGCGGCAACAACCAGGUUAUGGUGGUUAUGGAUUCUAGCUUUGAAGCUAAGGGUGCUCUAGAUUGGGCACUCUCUCGCACUAUUCAGAGACAAGACAAUGUUGUUCUUGUUCAUGUAGCCAAACCCACUAGUAGAGAAGGUGAGAAUCACAAAUGUUAUUAUAUAUUUACAAAGAUUCCAUUAUGUGUUAUUGCGAAUUAUGAGUUUUCUUAAGUAUGAAGUAAUAGAUUUAUAUCUAUGCUAAUAAUAUAGAUAAUUCUAACCGUCCUGCCAACAACAUACUAAUUAGAUCUUAUUUAUUUACAAAUAAUCAAACAUUUAAUUCAAUAAU